UAAAGCAUCGUUUAAGAAAAGCAAAGCAAAAACAUUGUAUUCACAACCGUGCAAGAUGGUAGAAAAAACUGCUUACCGUGGACAACAAGCUGCGAGACUUGGUGUAGUUAUGCAGUUAUAUGUUCAACAAAGUUUGGGUAAUCUGGUACAAUACUUGUCAUCCGAUGAUUUUUCAAAAGACAAUGCUAUACAGUCAGUAAAGGACAUUUUUGCGAUGUCUACCAAAUGUUUGGAUCAGUUAGGCAGAACUGCUGCUUUUCAUCACAUAGUAAGACGUACUGUGGCUAUGACAGACACUGGCAUAUAUGAACUGGCAGAUUCUUCUGACUUUGCUAAUCUACCCUUAUCAGGAGAAGGAGUGUUUGGCACAGGACUUCAACCGUUACUCAAAGCUCGUAAAGACAAAAAGAAACAGUUAGAUGAAAUGUUACCUGAACUGAAGAAACGAGGGAGUAAAAGAAAAUACUCACCAGAUCGUGCGUCACAGUCAGAAGCUAAACGGCAGCACUAUAGUACUUCUACUAGUACUACAAACAAAAAUUCAUCAGGAUGGAACAAUUUUCGCAUCCCUAGAGUACCAAGAGAACAGAGGGAUCAGUCCUUCAGAACCUCUGCUAAGUAUGACAAGUCUGGCUUCAAACAAGAAUCCUUUCCCAAACGAUCCUCGAGAGGAAGGAUGGGAAAGCCAGCUUCACAAUGACAAUGAUGUCUGAAGAAACCGCCUUUUGAGCCGAUGAAAGAAGCCUCCUUGAAAUAUGUGACCUGGAAGACUUGUUUUUUGAUAGCAGUAACUUGUUUUCGUCGUUGCAGCGACAUUCAAGCCUUACGCUUAGG